CGUUGGACACAUCAUCAUGCAUGGACCCUGGGAUCCCGGUGAACGGCGUGCGGUACGGCCAUGACCUGGCCAUCGGGUCCACGGUGUCGUUCCAGUGUGACCAGGGAUACCGGCUCAGUCAUGAGGAACCGCUGGUCUGUGGGGAGAACCACUGGUGGAGCCAUCCUCUGCCCACAUGUGACGCAUCUUGCGGUGGGGACGUGAGAGGACCUGGCGGUAUCAUUCUGUCUCCUGGAUAUCCAGAACUCUACCCCAACUCUCUAAACUGCACCUGGACGGUGGAGGUCGGACAUGGGAAAGGGGUCCAGUUCAUGUUCCAUUCCUUCCACUUGGAAGAUCACCAUGACUACCUCCUGAUCACCGAGAACGGCAGCUUCGUCCUGCCUUUAGCUCGCCUCACCGGCUCCGAGCGCCCGGCGCCCGUCAACGCAGGCCUCUACGGGAACUACAAGGCUCAGCUUCGCUUCAUCUCUGACUUCUCUAUUUCCUUUCAAGGAUUCAACAUCUCUUUCUCAGAGUAUAAUCUGGAGCCGUGUGAGGACCCCGGGACCCCCAGGUUUGGCUGGCACACGGGCAUCAGCUUUGGCAUCGGGGACUCGCUGGUUUUCUCCUGCAAUGCCGGCUAUCGCCUAAAGGGGGCCAGGGAGAUCUGGUGCCUGGGAGGAGGACGCCGCAUGUGGAGUGCCCCUCUGCCAAGGUGUGUGGCGGAGUGCGGCUCAACCGUUUUCAACAGUGAAGGAGUUGUGUUGUCGCCCAACUACCCACUGAACUACGACAACAGCCACGAGUGUGUCUACAGCAUUCAGGUGGAGACGGGAAAGGGCAUCAACGUCUCAGCAAGCACUUUCCAACUGGCACAAGGAGACAUUCUCAAG